CACGCGCGCGUCUGUGCGUUCAUUGCAGCCAAUCGCAGCACAUUCCACGGGACGCAGACACGCCGUGUGACGGUCACAGCCGGAGAGUCUCCCAACUGCACGCAGGACAGCAGCUCCCGCGAACGCGGCUCCUUCCUCAGCAAGCUCUCCUCCAAGUUCAGCAAGAGAAAUCUGUACGAUUUGAAGCGUUCCAACACGACCCCGAACUCAAUGGACCGGUCCGCCCGCAAUCGCUCUAGCACUAACAAGAGGAACGUCGCCGACGACCUCGUGAAGCCGCGCUCGCUGCGCUUCACCUGGAGCAUGAAGACGACGAGCGCGAAGGACCCGAACGACAUGAUGCGCGAGAUCCGGCGCGUGCUCACCGAGAACAACUGCGACUACGAGCAGCGCGAGCGCUUCCUGCUGCUGUGCGUGCACGGCGACCCGCACACCGACUCGCUCGUCCAGUGGGAGAUGGAGGUGUGCAAGCUGCCGCGGCUGUCGCUCAACGGCGUCCGCUCGAAGCGCAUCAGCGGAACGUCGAUCGGAUACAAGAACAUCGCGUCGAAGAUCGCCAACGAACUGAACUUGUGAUGCAGCGCUGUCGCAAGCGCCCCCUGCUGGGAGGCGAUGCCGUGAGCGCCCCCUGCUGGGAGGUGACGCCGUGAGCGCCCCCUGCUGGGAGGUGACGCCGUGAGCGCCCCCUGCUGGGAGGUGAUGCCGUGAGCGCCCCUUGUUGGGAGGCGACGCCGUGAGCGCCCCCUACUGGGAGGUGAUGCCGUGAGCGCCCCCUGCUGGUAGGCGACGCCGUGAGCGCCCCCUGCUGGUAGGCGACGCAGUGAGCGCCCCCUGUGGGGAGGCGAUGCCGCGCGCCGCGACGAAGCUAGGAGGCAAGGUGGCGCUGCGAGCUGUCGUCGCCGCUGCUUUGCGCUGCCUCCCACGCCUCGGCUCCGCAGCCGACGUAGGUGGCGCCGCGCAUGCGCGUGGGAGUCCGCGCCCCCGUGGAGGGUGGAGGGAGGCGUUGAAUGCACAUCUCCUCUGUCGUACUGAAGCACUUUAUCGUUGACUAUCCACGCAGUCGUGGAAUCGAGCAUCUUGUGGUGAAACUUGUGCGCGAAUGAUGCGCGUGCUCUUGCUCUCUGUCUGGCUGUCUGUCUGUCUCUCUCUCUCUC